AUGUCUGCCGACGACAGCUUCAAGAUCACACCCAAUCUUGAAGCAAACGUCUCAGUUCGCGAUGACCUUAAGACGACAGAAGUUGUUAUCGACGAGAGCACCGCUCUCAGUCGCGGUCUUAGGGCUCGUCAUACUACUAUGAUCGCCCUCGGCGGUGCUCUCGGCUCUGGUUUGAUCAUUGGCACCGGAUCUGCUCUCGCUUCGGCCGGUCCAGCUCCUAUAUUGAUCUGCUACUCCGUGGUCGGAUUUGUCGUCUGGAUUAUGUUAACAGGACUUUGUGAGAUGGGAACAUACCUACCGAUUCCUGAAGGCUUCACUGGAUAUGCUUCUCGUUUCGUGGAUCCUGCGAUGGGCUUUGCGCUGGGCUGGUCUUACUGGCUCAAGUACUCAAUAUCAACUCCAAAUCAACUGACAGCCGUCGCGCUGGUCCUCCAAUACUGGGUCCCAGCCGAAAAGCUCAAUCCCGGCGUCUUUAUCGCAAUAUUUCUCGUCGUAAUCAUUCUAAUCAACUACAUCGGCGUAAAAUUCUUCGGUGAAUUCGAAUUCUGGCUCUCGAGUGCAAAAGUCGCGACUCUUGUCGGGGUGAUUCUACUCUCUCUAAUUCUGGCUUGCGGUGGAGGACCAGACCAUGAUGCAAAGGGUUUCCGAUACUGGCACACUCCCGGUGCGUUUAAAGAAUUUGAUGCAAAAGGGGACCUGGGCCGAUUUUUGGGCGUUUGGAAUACCAUGGGAACAGCUGCUUUUGCGUACUUGUCGACUGAGUUCAUUGGCGUCACUGUUGGCGAGGCACAGAACCCACGCAAAACCAUCCCGCGUGCUGCUCGAUUGAUCUUUUAUCGAAUUCUGUUCUUCUAUGUCCUUAGUGUGUUCUUUCUCGGUAUGCUCGUCCCGUACGACUCGAAGGAGCUCGCGUUUGCCACUACUCAGUCCACCUCAGCUGCUGCGUCGCCGUUUGUAGUUGCCAUUGUAUUGGCGGGAAUCAAGGUGCUGCCUGGAAUCCUGAACGCGUGUAUCCUUAUCUUCGUGUUCUCUGCCGCCGUUUCCGACCUCUACAUAUCGAGCCGAACCCUCUACGGCCUGGCACAGAACGGCAAAGCACCUCGCUUCCUCGCAAAAACAGACAGACGCGGUGUCCCCAUUCCCGCAUUGGCCGCAUCCGCAUUCAUCGCAUUGCUUGCUUUUAUGAACGUCUCCAGCGACUCCAAGGUCGUCUUUGGAUACUUUGUCAAUUGCAUCACAAUGUUUGGACUAAUCGUCUGGUGCUGCAUUAUCCUGAGCCACAUUAAAUUCGUCCAAGCACGCAAAGCGCAAGACGUCCCUGUUGUUCACUACCGAGCACCGCUCGGCAUUUGGGGGUCAUGGUUUGCGUUUUGUUUCUGUGUGCUGGUUGCGUUGACGAAAAACUUCAAGGUGUUCAUUCAUACGAAGUCGACUGGAAAUUUCGAUUACAAGAAUUUCAUCGUUGGGUAUAUUGCUAUCCCGGUGUUUUUGUUCUUCUUCACGUACUACAAAGUCGUGCACCGAACUAAAGGGGUGCGCGCUUCAGAGGCGGAUUUGUACACUGGAUUGGCAGAGGUGGAGUUACAUGAGAGGGAGUGGGCAGAGAAAGAAAGGGCGGAUGAGUUGCGGGAGAAGAGCAAAGUUGCGGUUUUCUAUAGAAGAUAUGUUUCGUGGCUGUUUUAG